AUGGCAACCGUGGAGGUUGGACAGCGAGUUGUCCGAAGCGCCACCUGGACAUCAGGAGAUGAAGAUGGCGGUGAGGGUCAUCUUGGGACAGUGGUCAAGCUAAAAGAUCAAGACCCUCAGGAUCCUAUUCCUUCAGGCUGGGCCAAGAUCAGAUGGGAUAAUGGUAAUGUUAACAACUAUCAGGUCGGUUCCAGCGGGUCAUAUGAUCUUGCUCUCUUCGACAGUGCCCCCGCAGGUGUGAUUCGAGUUGAUGCAGUUUGUGAUAGCUGUUUGAUGGAUCCUAUAGCUGGCAUACCCUGGAAAUGCAGUGAUGAAAGCUGCCCUAAUUAUGUACUUUGUACUCCAUGCUACAUGAAUGAUAGACAUGACUUGACUCAUACAUUCACUCGCUUCACCAGCCAGAAAGAAACAGGGACACAAGUGACACCUCGAUUUGGAGAAGUGAAGACAGUUUCUAGAGGGCUGUGUCCAGAGGCAGAGGUCUGUAGAGGGAAGGAUUGGCAAGGAGAUGAUGAAGAUAGUGCCGGUGGGACUGUUGUUGAGAUAUGUCCCUUCUCUGAAAGGCAACGAUCAGGUGUCACUGUUUGCUGGACUCAGUCUAAACUGGUCACUACUCAUAGAGUUGGAUUUGAUGGGAAAAUGGAUCUGAAAUACACCAGAGCAGGAACAGGGAUAGGUUACUAUGCUACACAUCUUCCUCUUUUAGAUGCCCGUCCAGAUGGAAGUGGACACACUGAAAUCGUCAAACCCUUACCACCACUACUCGAGACAGAAGCUAGCAGCUCAUCCGAUAGUGAUUCAGGCGAAGGAGGUGAAGAAUCUCAACUGAUCAAUGCCGCUAGUAGAGGCAAUGUUGAACGUGUUGUGGAGAUUCUAUCCACGUCACCAGAAAAGGCUAAUGCAAAAAUUGAUGGGAAGACUGCCCUACACAUCGCAGCUAUCCAUGGUCAUCUUGAAGUAGUCCAGGCACUUAUUGAGUCAGGGGCUGAGAUGGAUAUCACUGAUAAUGACGGGGACACUCCGCUUCUUUAUUCUGUCGAAGGGAAUCAACCAGCUAUCACAAAGUAUUUGAUUGGUAAAGGAGCGGAUAUAAACAGAGGUAAUGAUACCGAACGGAGAGCGAUCCAUCAUGCAGCUUACAGAGGGUUUGUUGACUGUGCAAGGGUCUUGAUUAAUCAUGGAUGUGACGUUAAUGUACAGGAUGCAGCGAAAGAUACUCCCCUCCAUGACGCUAUAUUCAAGAGUGUAGAUGUUGUUGAACUAUUGGUGAAAGUUCCAAACCUUGAUGUGACUCUGGCUAACAAGAUAAAGAUGACACCUCUACAGUUGGCAGCUGGCCUUGGCAAACCAGAGUAA